CUUUUGAUUGAGACCAAAACAACAAUGCUAGCUUACUGUAUGGAUAUAUUACUCCGUGCCAUGUUCCUUUCCUGCGUCGUAACUAUGUAGUACGUAGCUACCCAGGGUAUCCUGGGAUGGUCCUUUUUCAUGGCAAAUCUACCAGGAUAGUUAUGCAGGGACCAGUAGUAUAUCUUUACCAACGUGGGGAGAUUUUUCUUUGCAUGAUGGCUUUCGCCUCCACGAUGUACUGUCAAGUGAAGAGGGGGGAAGAUGGUCAUCUCAGGACAGAGGCGAGUUUGCAUAAAUCCGAUAUUCCUCCUGUUAAGCUUAAUGAUGAUGCGAUGAACCAAUCAGAUCCCGAAACUGGCGAUUUACUGCGCGAUAAGAACGUACCUCGGACGUUGGGUGGGAAGUAG